UUGAUCACGUUAACAUGACGUAAAAAUUACGUUUUUUGAAUAUCCUUUUAUAAGUUGCGUGUCAUUGAAUUGUGAACAAAAACUAAAACACGUGUCCCAGCUUCCCCAUGGUUCCGAAACAUCAGCGCACCUUAGACAUUCCUUCUUCCAUUUCAGAUUUCACAAUUCAACUUGACUUUACUCCGUGUCGGUCUAUUCUUAUCCUAACAAUCAUUGAAAGCUGAAUUUAUUAAUUUAUUAUAACUACCAGAGAGUGUUAACUUAGUUAUUCAUAACAAAAAGUGGUAAUGAUAGCUCGUUCAUUGUUGAGUAUUUGGUUGGCAAAUUUGAUAAUAGUGUCUGAAUUAACUCGAAUCAGUUCCGCAGAAAGUUCUGAACAGAAUAUGCAGUCUUUUUCAUCUUCUUCGUCGACAUUUUCUUCGUCCUCAAGUACAGGAAGCUCUCAUUCAGGUAGUGGGGGUCACUUCUCCCAGUCUUCUAGGACGAGUGAGGAUGAUGAGUCAUGGUAUCUGUAUCUGCAGAUUGAGGGAUACAAGCCAGAUGAGCUCAACAUACAUUUAAUGGGCAGAAGUCUCACUGUCUCCGGCAAACACGAGCAAGACGAACAUGUGUUGAACCAGUUCCAGCAGAACUUCAUGGUGCCCCAGGGGGUGUUCAUGGACACUGUUGAGUCCACUUGGGAUCCGAAGGGCAACGAGAUCAUGAUCAGUGGGAGCAAAGUGGAGAACAAGAAGGCAGAACUGCCUCGCAAGAUAGAGAUCAAGGUCAAGCAGGACAACGUUGAACUCUAAAUAAAUUCGAGCCUAAAACUUCAAUUUAGUUCACGACUCAAACUUGAAUCAAGUUUACGCCGCCCAAAUUCAAGGACAAUCACCUAGACAGAAAAUUAUACAGAAAUGAACAUAGUUCGUUUUCGCAAAAGCACUUAAAACGGACAGAGUAUAUAAAAUUGGAUCAUCUUCACCUUGUAGAAAAAAUGACUAAGUAAAAACUUAAACCAAAAAUUGCAUCUUAUUGUUAAUUUUGAUUAGAUGAUUUAAUAUCAUGCGCUAUAAUUUUGUAUUAAAUUUAGCAAAGAGCAAUCAUUCGUCUGAAUUCAAUUAUCAUGUCAAUUGUCUGUUGAAUGAUCAAUACAAUUACCAAAAACCUUUUUUAAAGGACAUUUUGACCUUUGAAAUGCGCGCAAGUAACUACAGAAGCAUAUUUUGCCCCAGUAGUACUAAAACCUCAAUACAUUUAUUUGCUUUGAAUGACAAUUCUCUUUCAAACAUUCAUAUAAUUAAGUUAAUGACAUUAGAAUGAGAAACUAUCUUGAUAUCAAAGCAGCUUUCUGUAUUCUUAUUAUAAUUCCAUCACUGUAUUCCCUUCCUCGCGUCGAAUAUGGCGAGUGUUCAGCACCUGGCAAAAACGUCACCUGUGAACUGUGGUAUGACUGGAAAAGACUGGCAACUGAGAGCAACCGUCGGAGCAGACGGAGUGUGAUAGGAGUGUGCUGUGUUCGUUGUUGCAUCCAAGAGGGGGACAUCUGCCAGCUGAUAGAGGACCCCCAGAUGACAGGCCAGACUGUGGCAGUGUUUAAGUGCACCACCGAGAUCACACCUCCCAAGUGGACCAGAGACUACACUUACUCUGCAUAGAUGCAUCAUGCACACACGCAAAAAAAAACUUCUUCAUGACUAUGAUUCGCCAAAAAAACUUGCACCAAACUUUUGUCAUAGAUCUUCCCUAGC